ACACAUCAUGAUGUAUAUAUCCUUUGAACAAAUAGCAUUAAUUUCCAAUCGUUUCUUAAUUUUAAAUUUAGGCAUAAAUAAUAAUAAUAAUUAACUAAGUAAUAAAAUCAUAUAGAGGAUCAAGAAACAACUAAUGAUCUUAACAUAAAUUAAGGGAAGGAGAGGAUGAGUUUUAUUAAUCAAAUGACAGGGCACCCAACAUUUGUUUUUGUAUUUGGUGAAUUUGGAGUGCUCAUGAUUUCACCUACUCAUCGCUAUUUUAUAAAGUUUAAUAAUCAUGACUUUCAAAGUUAAUUUUGAUGAUAACAUACAAAAAAUUUAUAUAUUAUGUACAUUAUAUGUAGGCGUGCUAUUGCAUGCAUGUGUAUGUGUGCUGCCACGGAUAAGGUUGUUUAGUUGGGCGGGAAGGAGGAUAAGAUUGUUAAUUGUUGCGGUGUUGAGGGAUUAAUUUUGUUGGGUACUUAUGGAUACUUCUAUGCUUGUCGCUUCGGUGUUGCCGUUGUGUGUGUGAUAUCUAUGUUUUUUGUUGUAUUCUUUUGCUUGUGGUUUAAAUGUUAAUUUAACAAUUCUUUUCCAUCUUAUUUACCAAAAAAAAAAAAAAAAAGGACAAUUCUUUUCUAUCUAAUCGAAGCAAAGCAUCUCAUAGAAUAAUAAUAAUAAAUUUAAUUUUAUACUAUAAUUUAGUGAUUUUUAAUUAUACACGGAAAUUUAUUUUUGUCUUUGCUUCUUGACGACUGCGAUGGCGGCAACAGAGACCAAAACUCUUACUGGUCUUUUGAAGUUUUCUUUCUGAAUACAAAUGGAAUUCACUGAGCAGACUAGAUGCAGAGAGAUGGCCAAAUCAUCUACUUUCUACCGCUCUGUCUACUCAGAGAUAGAAGAAGUUGGAUGGGAGCAUCUGGUGAAAUUGGGUGAAGAUCUAACUUUUCUUAGCUUUCGCAUCUUGGAUAAGAAAGGCAGAGAGCAUAUUUUGGAAAUUCAACUAAAAAGAACCUAUCCCAAAUGUCCACCUUCGAUUUCAGCAGAUGUACCCUACAUUUUUAACUUAGAAUGGUCAAUGCAAUCAAGGUUGAAAAAUGUGAUCCGGCAGUUUCAAGAGCAUCUGGAGAAGCUUCAGGAAUUUUGGUCUAUUUUGGAGGAUAUUGACAAAUCUCUUUGGGUUGAUGACAUGAAGGCAUCUUUCGCAACCUCCUAUCGCCAAAUCAAUAUAGGAAACGAUAGCUUCAUCAUGUUAUCAAUAAAUGCCAGCGAUCCUAGAUCAUUACCUGAGAUUCGUUUUUUGGGUUCAGGUCCAAGUGUGAAUGUGAUGAGAAAGACGUGGCAAAAAAAUAGCAAACGGUGGAAAAAGGAGAAGCCAUUUCUGGAAAAUCUUGCAAGUCUUCUGGAGACUCAUCUGCCAGGUCCCCCAGAUGUUCUGAAGAGAGAUCAACAAGUUGAAUGUGGAAUUUGUUAUGCACAAAAUCUUCCAAUUGAUGAUGAGCUUGGAAAUAAGAGUGGGUGUGGCACCGACUACACAUGUGAUAAUACCAACUGUUCCAGAGCAUUCCAUAGUAUUUGUCUUGGAGACUGGUUACGCUCCAUCACCACAACAAGGCAGUCAUUUAAUGUCCUAUUUGGAAAUUGUCCAUAUUGUUCAGAGCCAAUUGCCGUGAAAAUCAACAGUUCCAAGCAGUAAACCAUGGAUAGUUUCACCUUUUCAUUAGACAACUUCACAGGAUCUCAAUUCUUGGAUACAUCCUUCAGAAAAAAAGGGCGGUAAAUUCCUUUCUCACCUGGCACAUAUUCUUCUUGGUGUCAUGUUUGGUCAAUUCCUUAGCACUUUGUGAUAUGAGGACAACAGACAUAUAAAGUACAAUGCCUGAAAGUUUUUAGUUUUUUGGCCGUGAAUAGAAAUGGAGCUUUCCCAUUAUGGUUUUCUCUUCGUUUUGUUUUCAAGUUUUUCUUUGGCAAUGUGACCUGUACUCAUAACCAAAGAAUUAAACCUCAAAUUACACUGGUAUCCCAUAUAACUCAAUACUCAAAUCAAUCAUACUUCUUAAUACUGUUUACUUUGC